AUGGAAACAUAUUUCCCAUUGCUUUUCUUCAUCUCCUUCCUUUCCUUCUUUAGAAAUCUUUGCAUCCUUCAACAGUUUAUUGGAGUGGAAAAUAUCCAUUCUUACUGUGCAAUCAAUGGAUUUCUCUCUGUUUUCUUUUUUUCUGUCCCAAUUUAUGGCUUUUUUUUGCUUCCCAUUCUCUUUGCAGUCUUUGAUUCCUUCUCUCUCUCUCUCUCUUUCUUUUAUGACAGAGAAUUACUUCUUUUUUUCUGUCCCAAUUUAUGGCCUUUUUUGCUUCCCAUUCUCUUUGUAAUCUUUCUCUCUCUCUUUCUCACCCUGUCUCUUUCUCAUUCUCUCUCUCACGCUCGCUCACUCUCUCUCUCUCUCUCUCUCUAUUAUGACAUUUACUUUCUUUGCACUCUACAUUUUUUUUUCUUGCUCUUUUUCUUUUUUAUUGCAGGAGUUUAUAAUUUUUCUUCCUUUUCUUUUUCUUUCUUUUCUUAUCAUUUUUUUUAUUAUAAAUUUACUGUUUCUUUUUUAGAUAUUCCUCUCUCUCACUCUGUCUUUGUCUCUCUCUUUGUAAUAUAUAUUACUUUUCUCUCUUUUCUCUCUCUUUUUAUCUAUAUUUCUUACUAUUUCUUUUUCUAG